AUGGACAACCGUGGGCCGCAGCUCGCAGCUGUCCUUGUUGCCUGUCUCGCACUGACCAUCGUGUCGACCAUCCUGCGCUGCUACUCCAUGGCCGUCCUCCUCAAGCGCUUCUACCUUGAAGACUGGUUGGCUGUUCUUUCGUUGUGCCUCUACUGCGUGUUCACCGCUGCUGGCCUUCUCUGUGUCCAUUUCGGCAUCGGCCAACACGUCGCCAAUGUCCCGCCCGAAUCCCGCGUGAACGCCGUGCUCUGGCGCUGGGUCGGCUCGCUGCUGUACAUUGCCAUCUCCACCCUGUCCAAGUACGUCGUCGGCCUCUUUUUGCUGCGCAUCUGCUCCCACUGCCGCUGGCAGCGCUGGACCAUUUUGAUCCUCCUGGCCGUCGUCGGCGUCUUCAACGUCAUGUACUUCUUCUUCGAUGUCUUCGCCUGCCACCCCAUCGCGUAUGAAUGGACCCGCUACGCCGAACCGCCGCGUCCGGCGACCGGCGCCGACUGCCAUGCCACCUCCUUUGCCAUGGGCACCGCCUAUGUCUCCGCCUUUCUCAACGUCGUGGCCGACUGGAUCCUCGCCAUCCUGCCGUGCUACCUUGUGUGGCAGGCCAAGAUGGAGCUCCGCAAGAGGCUUUCGGUUUGCUGCGUCCUCGCCCUGGGCUCCGUGGCGUCCGUCGCCACGAUUGUCCGCAUUCCCUAUGCCAGCGGGAUCUUGGACCAACCGGAUUUCCUGUACAACUUUACCGACCUCGCCAUCUGGAGCACGCUCGAGAUCGGCAUCGCCCUCACUGCAUCGUCGCUGGCCACGCUGACGCCGCUGUUCCGCAAGAUAAAGUUCUUUUCAGCGACGUAUGCGACGUCGCGCACGGGCGGCGAGUCGGCUGCCGCAGCCAAGCCAGGACGGUUGCCAUCGUCGGUGCAGACAGGCGCACAGCCUGGGGAGGGCAGAGGUACAGAAGAAAGCAGCCAGAACCAAGAAUGCGGUGGCCACCGUUGGAUGGGGAGUGGUGAUGGCGAUUUUGGGUCUGAUCUCGAGUUGCAGCCCAUGGAACAGCUGUCGUCUGGGAGUGAUCGUCGUCUGGAAGGGACCCUUGUGGUUUGA